UAAGUGUAAAACAACUUAAAACGUUGAACUUGCUGACUAUAAUGCUUUACCUUGGAGCUUAAAUGUUGUUCCUGAAAGGACACUGUCCUUUCGCUGUUUACGUGCAUCUUGGGAAACGUAGUCCUAUGACAUUUGACAGCGAAAAGGCGGAUGCUGGGUGGUACUACACUUCCCAGAAACCCUCGGGCGGAGUCAUGACAGCUAAGGGGGCGGGGCACUCAUUUCAGGAACUGCGUGAAGGCGGAACAGAUGCCCCAACCGGUGUGGAUCGAGCGAGAAACCUUUUGGUAGCCACAAAAAUAUUGAAUUGAAAUGCCACUCUUCGCCAAUGAUCACAGAAUUGAGCGACCGUACACGACAACCGAAUUCUUCGGGAAAUACCCACAUUUCAAGAAGAGCGCCAGGAGCUUCCGGGAGAGGGCGGCGCGCACCGUGGGCCCGCAGGGCUUGCUCUACGUGCAGCAGAGAGAGCUGGCGGCCACCACGCCGGCGGACGACGCCGUCACGGUGAUGGGAUCCGACGACGCCACCACCUGCCACUUGGUGGCGCUGCGACACACAGGAAGUGGAGCCGCAUGCCUGGCGCACUGUGACGGCUCCGGCACCGCGAGGGAGGUUCCGCUCGUCGUCGGGGCGGUGACGUCGCUGAGUAGCCACGCCCACGACGGCCGGCUGGAGCUGCACCUGGUCGGAGGGUUCGACGAUGACAUGAGGACAUCCCACAACCUCAGCUUCCAGCUUCUAGCCGCCUUCGACAGGCAGACAGAAGAUAUCCACUUGGUCACGUGCUGCAUCUCAGAGCUGAACGACGUUGUGUCAGGAGGAACACACAGACCUGUGGUUUAUGGAAUAGGGGUGGAUGUGAGGAGCGGAGACGUGUUCCCGGCGUCGUUCCCGAGCAGAGGCCCCGCCGAGGAGCUGCGAUCCGCCCGGACCUUCGCGGGGGGACAGAUGGCCAACAUCUACGAUGCCGGAAGGGGCCUGGUGAGGAUCGGCCCGUGUCAGUGGUCGCCAAACCCCGACAUCGGUUUCUGGCUGACGCAGGAUGAUGACACGAUAUUAAAGCAUCUGUCCACAUCCCCCCUGGUGGAGCCCCCCCACUUCGUCCAGCACAUCAAGAGCACCAUCCGGUUCCUGCUGGAGCACCCGAGCCCGGACAGCCUGUUCCCGGGGGAGGAGCCACAGCUGUACUGCCGGAGCGCACAGGGCGGCUGGGAGAGGGCACCCGGGGGCGUGCAGCAGUAGGGGUGUCCCCACGCAGAGAACAGCCCCCCCCGCCCUCGGCGCGCCCCCCCCCCUGCAUUCCCAGCCUCCGAGAGCAGAUCCUCGCUUGGGGGGUUAUUUCAACCCCUUCCCCGUGCCUGCGACGGCGCAGGGGGUGGGGCGAACUGGGGAGACUGGGGCUCUCGAGUCUGCACACCACCCCUCGGCCCAGUAAUGCCCCUGCCCCCUUGCCUGGCUGGGGAUUUCAGCAGGUCUGAAUGGGACUGGCCGGGCUGCAGUGCCGGGGGUGGGAGUGACCACAGGAAGGGGGAAGGGGGCAGGCUGAUCCUGAAGUGUGGCUGUUAUCCUGGGAUUACAGCAGGUUGCUUGACCUCUUACUCCCUGAGCUGUUAAUGACCGAAUUGGACCCAUUAUUUGCUGACUUGGACAAAUCGAAGCCUGCCCCUGUGCAUAGGAAGCUGGAGCUCUGAGUAGCCCUGUAAAAGGAGCUGGACAUGACCACCUGCUGUCCCGAAAGAAGGCACGGAGCAGAGAAACAGUUUUACGCUCGAGUUUAUUGAUAGGAUUCAAAUGGUUUCCUUUUUUUUUCCCCCAAGAUGAAAGCUGAAGCUGGACAUGUUAUCGCUCCAGCUUUCAAAGAUGAACACCAAGACGUCUAUUCCUACAUCUGUAUUUUUUUUGUGUUGUUUCUGAUGUAUUUAUUAAAUACACUACAGCAGAGCCUAACGUAUGGUAAUAAAAAUAAACCCUUCCUGUUCCCAUGGUAA